UCCACAGAUUCAGGUAGCAGCUUUGUGGUGUUUCGGUUUUUUAAACUUCCUGCCACUAACCAAAAGUAAAGUGUCCGAGACCAGAGUUUACAAUUCUAGCAACAGCAGGUCGUAGCACAAAAGGUAAACGAAUAGAAAAUACACAAAAGGCGCUGCGGGCACUGUCAAUCUCUUCAAAUGUGCUGUUCCCUCCACUACUUCAACACCCACCUCUCUCCUCUCGCAAGAAUUCUCUCCUACUGCUCUUCGCCCAUUCCUUCUCCUCACUCCUACCCGUGCCUCUGCUGCCUCCACUCCGCCUCCCACAGUUUCCAGAAUCCCAAGGCCUCCCUUCCGGACCUCCAGCAGCAGCGGCAGCCUUGGAGGGAGCCAAAAGGGUCAGCCUUUGACCCGCCACCGCCGGCAUGGCCGUGGCCGCCGCCGGCGCCGCACAGCGCUUCGACCCCGCGGCGCCGUCCCCGUCCCGCGCCCCGGCCUCGCGCCAGGACGUCCAGGCGGCCAUCGCCAAGGCCGUCGAGCUGCGCCAGCUCCACGCCACCCUCCUCCAGCGCGGUGCGCCCAAUGCCCGCGCCGGGGCCGGGACCGGCGCCAGCCGCAGCCCGGCCGUCAUCGGCCUCCCGCCGGUCGCGUCCCCCGCGCGCUCCAGGACGGCAGACGAGGAGUACCCCGUGUUUACCCCGGCCUACGACGACGACGAGUGCGUGGCCGCGGCAGCGCUGAACCACAUUUGCCAGGACAACCGGAGCCGGUCGGAGAACUGGGCCGGCGUCGCCCUGGACCACGGCGGCUGCGACGACGCCGCCCUGUCCGACUACGACGGCCUCAACGCCUUCUCCUCCUCCAACAGCGAGGUGCUCUUCCCUUCCUCCAACGACCCCUGCCCACGAAACAGGGGCGCGGCGUACAAGAUCCACCCCGCCUUCAUGCACUCGGCCCCCUCCGCCGACCGCUUCCUCCUCUCCGUCGGCCGGGCGGGCUACACGACGUCGGAGCUCAAGCUGCCGCCGGCGACAUGCAACAACGCGAUCCGGCCCGCGACGACGAUCGGCAGCACCAGCAGGGUGCCGCCGCCGUCGGCGCACUCCCGGUCGAAGACCAGGGCGCCGCAGAUCCUCUCGUGGCUCUUCCCCAAGUCGAGGAAGAAAGCGAGGCCGCCGGAGACGGCGACGUCGCCGACCGCCAUCGAGCGCGGCAACGUGUCGCAGCUCCUGACAGAAUGGGGCGCGCUGUCCCUCGACUCCCUCAAGAGAGAGCUCGCGGAGGCCAACGCCCACCGUGACGCCGCGCUCCGGGAAGCCGCGGAGGUGAGGUCGUCGCUGGGGGAGCUGGCCACCAAGCUUGUGAGCGUGGAGGCCUACUGCUCGGAGCUCAAGAAGGCGCUCCGGCAGGCGACCACCUCGCCGUCCGUCUCCCGGAGAUCGACGAGGUCGAUCGAAGCAAGCCGGGGGCUCCCGAUGCCGGUGAGCCACGACGUCAUGGUGGAAGGCUUCCUGCAGAUCGCGUCGGAGGCCCGGCUCUCGGUGAAGCAGCUCUGCAAGGCUCUGGUCCAGCAGGCGAACGAAGAAGCCGGCGGCGACGGCCUCUCCGACAAGCUGAACCUGCUCCUGCGGCCGUACCAGCUCGCGCUCACCGGCAGCAAUGGCAAUGGCAAGCACUGCUCGAAGGCUGUCCUCUACCAUCUCGAGGCGAUCAUGAACCAAGCCAUGUACCAGGACUUCGAGAACCCGGCGUUCCAGCGGAGCGGCUCACCGAGGUGCCUCGACCCGGCGGAGGGCCGCCGGCAGAGCUUCGCGGCCUUCGUGGCGCUGCGCAACCUGAGCUGGAACGAGGUGCUGAGGAAGGGCACCAAGUACUACAGCGAGGACUUUAGCCGGUUCUGCGACCGGAAGAUGAGCGGCGUCGUGGCGACGAUGGGCUGGUCCCGGCCGUGGCCCGAGCAGCUGCUGCAGUGCUUCUUCGUCGCUGCCAAGUGCGUCUGGCUGCUCCACCUGCUGGCCUUCUCCUUCGGCCCGCCGCUGACGAUCAUGCGCGUCGAAGACGGCCGCGCGUUCGAUCAGAUGUACAUGGAGGACAUCCUGCAAGACAGGCAACAGGUGCAGGGUCCUUGUCAAGUGAAGAUCAUGGUGAUGCCAGGGUUUUAUGUCCAAGAUAGGGUUCUUAAGUGCAGGGUCCUCACAACCAGAUCAGCAGCAUAAUUGUGUCUCAAAUCUUAGCUUUCUUUGACCAACAGCUUGUGUGGUGUCAACUUCCCAAGUGUAACUUCUUUUUGUCUUGAGCCCAAGGUACAGUACUUUCAGAUAUGCUGAACCAUAUGUUUGCCGUAGAUUUGCAGUAAACAACUAACAAAGUGAAGUUGUGAGAU